AGGCUCGCGUGCGGCGUGCGCAAUAACCCGGAAACAGAGGAUUGGGUGUUUUGAUAUUUUUAUACACGCUUGUUCUUUUCUCUCUUACUAAAUCUGCCUUCCACACUGAUAUUUUUUGUGAAAGUGCAAGCAGUAACCUUAGAUGUUUGCUCGGGCUGAGGAGGAGGAUGUUCCCUAGAGCUUACGUCUUCUCCCAUAAAGAUGGGCAAUCUGAACAUUUAUUCCAGCACAUUCUACCUCACACUCAGCAACGGAGAUCUGAAGGCCAUCUAAAUGUAACAAACUUCAGUGGUCCACCAAUGAAUGUUCCUCAUUUUAUUCCAACUUUCCAACGGACCCCAGUGGUACUGCCGGAUGUCCAUUGCAGUCCAAACAGAGUAACAGGAAGCAAAAGAAAGAGACAAAAUCACAGUCAGUAUGACCUGAAGAAACAGCGCUUCAGUUCUCCGGGUCCUUGCAACCAACCUGCCAGAAAUGCCAACUUUGCCUCCCAACCGGUGGCUGGACCAGUGAUGGGCAGAGACGCUUGUAAUUCUAAUAUCAGUGUCCCCGCAUACUCAUCUCCCACCUCUAAACCAGGAGGCUGUGUGCCAUCUUUGAGAGAGGGAUCCCAUCAGAACACCUUAAACCCAUCUUCAGUUAAUGAUAAGCUAAGUCAGCAGAUUCUCGACCUGUUUCAAGCUUGUGAGCAACAGAGUGAUGAUCUGGAGAAGAAGGAAAAUUGUCGAGCAUUGUUGCAGAGGGAUAUCCGGACAAUCUUCCCAGGUGCACGAGUCUUCUUGGGCGGGUCAUCUCUAAAUGGCUUUGGUAGUCGCACCAGUGAUGCUGAUCUUUGUCUUGUCUUUGAAGACGGAAUGGAAAACAGCAGAACAGAUGCAGUAUAUGUUCUUAGUCUUGUGAGGAAAUUGUUUUACAAGCUGUCUUACAUUGACAGGCCUCUGCUCAUCAGGGCCAAAGUGCCCAUUCUAAAGUUCAGGGACAGAGUCAGUGGUGUGGAGUUUGACUUGAACUUCAACAACACUGUUGGUAUCAGAAACACCUUCUUACUGCGGACGUAUGCAUAUGUCGAAAAACGUGUUCGCCCUAUCAUCCUUGUAAUAAAGAAAUGGGCCAAUCACCACUGCAUCAAUGAUGCCAGCCAAGCAACGCUGAGCAGCUACACACUGGUUCUUAUGAUCCUGCACUACCUUCAGACUCUUCCUGAACCUGUCAUUCCAUGCCUUCAAAGGGAUUAUCCAGAGUGCUUCAACCCUAAGAUGGACAUUCAUCUUGUGCCGAGUGGACCAAGCAAUAUCCCGGCCUUUGUGUCUAAAAACCAGUCAUCCUUGGGAGACUUGCUCUUGGGUUUUCUGAAGUACUAUGCCACUGUCUUCAAAUGGGAUAAGCAUGUGAUCUCUGUGCGUGAGGCAAAAACUUUUCCCAAGAGCCGCGGCCAAGAAUGGAGAGGGAAGUUCGUCUGUGUAGAAGAGCCAUUUGAUCGUACAAACACUGCCAGAGCUGUUCAUGAGAAAGCUAAGUUUGAUGCCAUUAAAGCAGAAUUUACAGAGUCCUACCAGGUUCUGAGGCUGAGAAAAGAUCUCAACUCCAUCCUGCCCCUCAAAAACACAAGACCAAAAACAUAGCAAGACUUUAGGCUGCCCCCAGAUAAGUAAGAAUGAACAUAGAGAAUGGAUUAAACCUGGAAUCCCCAAAUACCAUCUUGACAUUGUGAAAAGAAAUGCUUUACUCUUUUACAAGGGCUUUUGGAUAUACUGAACCUUUUGGAAUGUGUUGAGCCAAAUCCAACAAGCUGAUGGGGAUUUUAUCAGACCGACCCUGAGCAUCAGUGUCUAUGUUUGAGAUGUACAUGUCAUGUAACAUCAGAGACUGAGCAAUAUCUUUUUCCCAUGUGGAAUACAGUUAAUAUUCAUUAAAUAAAUUUACUGUUGCAAAACGUUUAUUUUGUGAGCAAUUUUUGGUUUAUUAGCCAAUAUAACCAUUUUUUUUUUCAGAAAGAAAAUUGUUUAAAAUCGUGCUUUAUGCACAACUGUUCUGUCUUUCUGAUCUUUGUUUUCAUCAAAACCCCCAAAUUGUAAAAAAAAAAAAAAAAAAAAAAAGUUUCUGGCUAAUGAUUACGUUUACCCGAACCUUUACAGUAAUGGGUUUCCUGUUUAUGUUCCGUCUAUGUUCUGUUUGUAUAGUUGUAUGUACAGUCUUUUAAAAUUGUAUUUAAAUAAUUAAAAAUUUACUAUGAUAUUGUA